AUGGCUUUAUCAGAGUGGUCACGGCAUGUGUUACAGCUUCUCUUUUUAAACGCAUUCCUGAUAACAGCUCCUGGGUGUCUUCACACUUUAGAUUCAGGAACCUACAGAGGCACAAGAAAAUACGCUAAUUCAAAGACAAUAUGUUUUAGAAAUGAUGAACCAAGGAGUUGGGUUCUUCUCCAUGUUGAUAAAGGUGCUUUUGACAGUCAUCUGUCUCCUCUAAAGGACCUCCCGGGGGGCUCUGUAACAAUGGCAGAAGCUGAGAACUUUGUGGGAAGAGUCCUGAAAUUGAAGGAGCAACUGAGGAAGACGCAGGAUCCCCAAAAGGUUAUGAAAUCAUUGAAGACACUACAGAAUUUGAAUAUGUCCUUGGACCUCUUAGUGGAAACUGGAAUAGGAAAAACUGUGAAUGGCUUUAGGAAGCAUAGUACUGCUGGAGAUCUUGCUAAAGCCUUGGUCAACCAAUGGAAACAACUUAUUUCAUCAGAAAAUGAAAGUAGAUCCAAAGAGAAAAAACGCGACUUGAGGAAAGGCAAGGAUAGCAAGAAGAAGCCUUUUGCCAAGGAGGACAAGCUGUCAGAGAAGUCUGUGGCAUCUAAGAGAACAAGAACACACGAACUAUCUUCAGAAUCUGCAGGGAGGAAGUUUAUAGCAAAAACCACACAGAAAGGGGGCAAGAAUAAAUCCUCUAAUAGGCUCAAGGUUAAAGAGUGCAAAAGUGACCCUUCCGAGAAGAUAUCUGGGGGUCAUGAGUCAAAGAACUUAAAAGAAGAAAAAGUCAAAUCUUCGGCUCCACAAGUAUCUGGAUCUAUAAAGAGGCCCUCCCAGAGCCUUAGCAUGGAAAAAUCCAAGAUAGCCAAGCCUGAAAGAGAUGAGACCCCCACACUGCCUUUUGAAUACUAUCUGAAUUAUGAUCAAGUCUCUCAUAAGAGGAAAAUGAAGUUCUGUCUUAAAAGAGGACAGCAUUGCUAGGCAUGGGGUUAUAAGAAGUGUAGCUCACCCCCUAAAAAUGAGUCCUCCUCUGUCUCCCAGACUCUAGGCACAGCCCUAUGUAAACCAAAUGAUCGGCCUGACAUAUCACUUAAAAGGGUAAGCUGUUGUCAGUCAGGAGUGAGUACUUGUAUUAACCCUUCUUCUUACGCAGAGGUCCAGCACUGCCCAGGCAGUGAUGCUCGUUAAUUCACUGUCCAGAGAGUGAAUUUGAUAAUAUGUAUUUAUUCAGGAUGUAAUGUGGCUUCUCUCCCUAAGAUGCUUUCUUUAUACAAAGAAUAUUCAAAAAAUCUUCUGUGUUGUUUGACAGUGCUCCAUGAAGUUGGUGGUGUCUCUUUUGACAUCCUUGAACCAGUGUUGCAAUGCCGCACCCCUAAGCAAUUAUCAAGAAUAGAGGAUUAUAAUUGUUAUGCCAUGACUCCCACUCUGGAGGCUGUGCCAAUAGAUGAGGAACUGAGGCCCAGCGAGACCUUUAUCAAACUGACUGAUCAUUUGUGGAAAAGGCACUGUCAGAGAGAAUUUAAAAUUGAGCAGCACCAGGAAAAUGAAUCAUGGCAUGAAAUGUACUUUAGACUUUUUGAUCAGAGAGAGCAAAAAUUGAAGACCCACAUUAUUUUGUCCCAGUCUGAAAAACCCAAAAGGCAUCAGAUCAAAAUGGCCUACAUUCAUGGUGUGGCAAAAUCUCCUAGAGAACUCAGGUGUCAUCCAGAGAACUGUGGUUCAUCUAGAGUUCCUUUUAACAAACUCGGCAAAAGGAAGCUUGAAAAUGGAGAGAGAAAUGAUUCAGGAAGUGAGUGUGUGGCAGCAGCAAAUCCCAGUUUUCUGGGGGGGUCACAGCAAGAUGUAAAAAAGGUACAAAAAAUUGCUCCUAUGAUGGCCAAAUCCCUGAAGACAUUUACAAACCACAUUGGACCAUGGCAUAACAGAUAG